AUGAACACGAGAAGCCGGAGCGGAAGAGGAGCCACGCCAUCGGUAUCCGAGACGACCGCCACCGCCACAGGAACGUCAUCAACGAACACAUCGGAAGAAACGAGCGGCACGACGGAGACAUCGGAGACCUGCACGACCGCGACGAGAACGACGAGGACAGAAGAAAAGAGCAGCUCGACGCCACCUACGCCGAGCACCAUGCCCGCCGACAAGUUGCAGCCAGCGCCGUCACCCGUCGUAGGAUACACAAACGCCGCUUUCGCGGCGCCAGCCGACAACGCCGACGCGCCGACGACCGCCGCUUUCGCGGCGCCAAUAAGCAACGUCAACUUAAAUACAGACGCCGCUCUCGCGGCGCCAUCGAACGUCGCCGUCGGGUCGCCAGCACGCCGCUCGAAGACGCUCCGCCAGGCAUCAGAGGUGCGGUCGCGGCGCUCCGUAGCCUCCCGCAAGAGACUCCUCGCGGAGUUGGAGGCGAAGGAACGCCUAGCCGAACUAAAGCUGGAACAAGCGAAGGCCGCAGCAGAACUAGAAAAGGCGCGGUUAGAAAGAAUCCGCGCCGAAGAAGAAUCAACAACGGAAGAGGAAGAAGAGGACUACGAACCGGAACGACGGGUCGAGUCGUGGUUGAAACAGCAUUCAAGCCAGCCACUGCCACCCGCCGCCAACCCGACUCGCGAGCUCUCACCGCCACGCUACAUAGCGAAGAACACCGACAACAAGGAAGACCGAGGAUGGGGGGCCCGCCAGGAACAGGACGACGGGCAACGGGAACCGAAGAAAGACCCGCCCACGCGGUCACCAGAAGUUGCGGCAAUUGUAACCGCCUUCAACGAAGUCGCAAGAAGCCAAAGGAAAGUAAUAAGAUACGGCGGUGAACUACCGACGUUCACCGGCUCCAGCAACGAGUGGCUAUCGUUCAAGGCAUCGUAUGAAGAAACUGAAGAGGGAUUCACCGACGGGGAAAACGUCGCACGAUUGAGGAAGGCGCUGAAAGGAGCAGCCCUAGAAGCCGUCACCGCCCUACUCAUAUCACACACCGGACCCGAGAAGAUCAUCGAAGCCCUGCAGAGAAGGUUCGGCCGCCCAGACGCGCUCGUUUUGGGUGAAAUGGAAAAAAUUAAAUCGCUACCACGAGUGUCGGACAACCCCCGGGAUGUUUGCAUAUUCGCAAACAAAAUAGCGAAUAUCGUCGCCACCGUCGAAAUACUAGGAAAACCAGAAUACCUGCACAGCCCGGAAAUGCUGCGGCAGGUGCUCGAGAAGCUCACACCGAUCAUGAAGAAUAAGUGGUACGACUUCGCCGCCGACGAACGAGACAAGACACCGCUACUGAAAAAGCUCGCAGAGUUCCUGAAUAAAGAAGCAGACAAGUGCUCCAGUUACGCUCCGUUAGACACAGAGACGGAGAGGAUAACAAGGAAAAGGACGGAGCGCGCCUACGCAGCAAGCAACGCGAGCGAGCGAGAAACAAGAUGCCCGGUGUGCGAGCGAGAACACAAGCUUAUCGAGUGCCGACAAUUUACGAACAGCGACGUAAAUACACGAUGGGAAAUAGCGAAGAAACAUCGAGUGUGCUUCCGCUGUCUGCGAAGCAAACAUCAACGAGCAACAUGCCGCGCUCGUCCAUGCGGCCUCAACGGGUGCACCAUGAAGCACCACAAGAUGCUCCAUCAUACAAAGACAGCGGAAAAGAAAAAUGAAGAAACGACUCAACCGCAAGCCAAAACGAAGAACGACGAAAAAGUCCUCGUGUCGGCGAUAAACAUCAACAGCGCUACGUCGGAGCAACCUACGCGCCGCCGCGCGUAUCUGAAGAUCGCCCCCAUCACCAUCACGGGGCCGAAAGGAAAAUGCGACACGUACGCGCUGCUCGACGAGGGAAGCACGGUGACCAUCAUAGAAACGGCGCUUGCAGAACAGCUGGGUCUCGACGGGCCACGCGAGUCCAUCACAAUUCAAGGUGUGAAUGGACACGAGAACGAGCACGAGUACAGCAAGAGAGUGAAGGCACGAGUACGAGGACGGCAUGAAGAAAAAGAUUACGUAUUAGACAACGCCCGCACCGUGCACCAACUCCACGCGUUCACGCAGUCCAUCCGCGAAAGUGACAUCGCCCGCUGCAACCAUCUGCACGACCUGCAAGACGACCUGCUGUACGAGAAUGCAACACCGAAGCUGCUGAUCGGACAAGACAACUGGGAGCUCAUUAUAACACGUAAACUACGGCACGGCAAGAGGAGUCAGCCCGUCGCAUCGAAGACACUGUUAGGAUGGGUACUGCACGGCUGCCGUUCAUCGAACAAGCACCCAGUUUUGUUCUGUUCUCAUCUCUCGGAAGCGGAGAAGUCACCCGACACACUCGAAAAUAUGAUGAAGAAAUACUUCGAAUUAGAAUCCAUCGGCAUCGAACCUAAGCGACAACGCAGCGACCCGGAGCAGCAGGCACUCAACAUACUGGAAAAGAAAAGUCAACGCCUGCCGUCCGGCCGAUAUGAAACCGGACUCCUAUGGAGAGACGAGUCCGCAGAUACACCGAACAACUACGGCGACACACUGAAAAGACUGAAGACAUUGGAAAAGAAAUUGGACAAAGACGGAGAGCUGAAGAGACAAUAUGAGGAAAGAAUCGAAAAUCUACUCUCGUCCGGCUAUGCAGAGAAGGCGCAGACUCCGCCCACCGGCGGGAGACGAAGAUUCGUCUGGUGCACGACGCGGCCGCUAAGUCACACGGCCGCUCUCUCAACGACAUGCUGCUGCCCGGGCCCGACCUACUGCAAUCUCUGCCCGCCGUCAUCAUGA